AUUCAGACAGAGAUACUGCUUCAGGAAGGUUAUUUUCACUGUUCCUCCUUUCCCUUUAAUGACAUUAUAGCAGUUAUAUUUUUUGGAGCAUGGUGUGUAUCUCAAACAUAUCACAUUUAAACCUGUGUGGUAUUCUUUUGACUUUUCUCACCCAGUAUGUGUCCUAUUAACUUCACUCCGGUAGUACAGAAGUGAACUCACUUUUGCCAAUAUUUAGAUGUUUGACGACAGGUGGCAGUGGGGUGGGAUAGUGUAUGUACAUGAGCUGAUUGUGUUUUUUGUUGUUGAGAAAAGCCUGACCUGUCCUGAUUUUGACCGCAGUGAUGGUAGUUGGUUGGUAACAUGCUGUAUUUUCGGUGGUUCAGUGGGUCUGUUAAAAGUGUGGUUGUUCCGCCCAGCAGGAGCCUUGCUUCAGACUGGCCUAAAAUGGGCAGAAAGGGUGCAGAACAAAAGCUGCUUGUUGCUUGUACAAAAGUACUGAAGCGCUGCAGCCGGGACCAAGCUGCUAUGCUAAUGCCUGUGCCUCUCAACAGGAAAGAGAGCCAAAAUGUUCCCGAAGGGCACGAAGCGCAAGUUUUCCGACUCCAGGGAGGAACCUGUGGCAGGCGGUGAGGAUGUGAAUCAGUCGAGUUUGGCAGCUGUGAGGAUGCUGUCGUCCUACAGCCUGCAGCGGCAGUCCCUGCUGGACAUGUCCCUGAUCAAACUGCAGCUGUGCCACAUGCUGGUGGAGCCUAAUCUGUGCCGUUCGGUGCUGAUUGCCAACACGGUGAGGCAGAUCCAGGAGGAGAUGACCCAGGACGGCACCUGGCAGAUCAUGACCCAGGCCCUGAGUGCUGCCAACGCUGCUGCCCAGUGCUCUGCAGACCGCCUGGUGGCCACCGAGGUGCUGUGCCGGCAGACAGAGGCAGCCCAGGGGGAGCAGGUCCCCAAGCCCUUCCCAGUGGUGGGUUCAGAGGGCUGCCCUGCGAAGGAGGUGUUGGAGGAGGAGGCGGCGGCGGCAGAGGUGGGGAUGACUAUGUCCACUGUCUCCCCCCAAGCCCCAACCUCCUACCUGCCAGGCACCUUUGGCAUGGACCCCUGCUGGGAAGAGGAGGAGACAGGUGAAGAUGAUGAUGAUGAGGAGGAGGAGGAGGACAGUGAGGAGUGUGGGUCUGGCUCAGAGGGGGAGGAGAGGGAGCGUGACAGCCUGGUGGAGGACACCAGGACAGCAGAGCAGGUCUUUGGCACGUUCGAGAUCAAAAACCCUGCGCCCAGCCCCGACCCUGCUCUGGAGGAACUGUUUUCAGACGUGGAUGCGUCUUACUACGACCUUGAUACAGUGCUGACAGGAAUGCAGAGUGUUCCUAAGAUGGGGCCCUAUGACCUCCUGGAGAGCCUGUCCUCCCAUGGGCCCUCACCCCUCAGUUCCAGCACCAGCUGCCGAUCAGACCUCAAUGAACUGGACCACAUCAUGGAGAUCAUAGUGGGCUCCUGAGAAACAACACACUUCCUUGCAUACUUACUUUGCAGACUCUUUACAGACUGUGCACGUGGUGCGUAUAUUUGGAUAUGGUGUUAUUAUACAUUCAGAUGUUGAGGGUUUAUGAAAUCAAGAACUUAUUCAGUGUUACGACAUGCAGCUGUGCAUCUCUAAGUGGGCAGAGAUUACAACCUAUACCAUGAUGAUUUUUCUUAUUUUACAUACUUUUCUAUAUUUCUUUUUGUCAUACAAUCUAUUUUUCCAGUUAUGUUUUUAUUUAUUGUAAUAUGUAUGGACUGAAGAACAAUGUCAUUACACUACACACAAAUAGACCCUCUGAAGCGAUGCAUAUUUUCCUAAAGAGUAAAACAAAUAUUAGUGAAACAUGUACGUACAGUUGAAGUCGGAAGUUUACAUACACCUUAGCCAAAUACAUUUAAACUGAGUUUUUCACAAUUCCUGACAUUUCAUUCUAGUAAAAAAUUCCCUGUCUUAGGUCAGUUAGGAUCA